CAAAGCUAAUCCGCGGCCGCUGCAGCCGGCGCGAGAGGCACCCGAGCCUGUGCAGGCUGCACUUCAGUGCUCCUGGCCUAAGGCUAUGCAGAGCCCAAUAAAGGCUGCGGCGCAGAGCCACCAGCCCAGACCUCGGCGGCCGCCUGGCACCCAGUCAUGAAGCUCAUUCUCCCUAUCUUUGCCAGUCUCAUGCUGCAGUACCAAGUGAACACAGAGUUUCUUGUCUUGAAAAAAUGCUCAAUGGGCUUUGGGAGAUGCAGAAACCAGUGCGCUGCAGACGAAAAAGAGGUACAGAAAUGCAAGAAGAAAAAGUGUUGUCUUGACCCCAAAGUGGUCCAGUUUAUAAAAAGCUACCUGAAAAAUCAAAUACCCCACGUCCUUGGCGACGACGUCCCAGAAAUGCUGAAAAUUGACAGAGAUUUUGCCAAGAUAAAAACACGAUACGUUUUUCCUCUUCCCACAAGAAAUAACAGCCUCCCUUCUGCCGGUACCAAAUCUGUCAUCACCCCAAAGGCCACCCCCAUGAAUCCAGAACCUGUCACGUCUGCUGCUGUUUCUAGCAAGAGUGACACCAAAGGCCGCGUAGCAUCUGCCACUGCCUCCCCACCCCCAGCACCGCCACCACCGUGAACACGGCCGAGGCCGCCACGGACACAGCUGGACCUGGAGGAAGCAGAUGAGCACAGAUGCGGGCCCCUCCCUCACAACGCCGAGUCCCCCUCGAUUUUCACUGUCUGUAAAAUGAGACAUGCUUCUUCUGUCAUCAGCGAUUCAAUAAAUACUGCUUAAGCACCUACA